CUGAAUCAGAAUCUGCAGCAGCAGCACGUUGCAGACUAGCAGUUGAAAUUCAAAAAGUUUUGAAUUAAUGACCGUUGUGUUUUGUUCUUUUGUGUAUGGAUUAUUUAUUUAUAUUAUCUGUUUCUGUGGUAUUAGAUAAUAGUAUCAGAUAUACAAUCUAAUCUCCUCAAAUUACAAUUUUAUCUUCUUCACAUUUAUUGUAGUUUCUACUUUAAACGAUCAAAGUCCUGGAUUAUGAACUCUAGUUAUAAAUAAUUGUGGUGAGAUUCAAGUCGUUCAAGCUCAGUGUUUGUAUGCCCUAAUAAAAUGAAUAAUAUAACUCCCGACUCAUUCAAGGAUCUUUCGCCAAAGGUGCGCGAACUGGCAGAGAAGCUAUACAAUUUUGGAUUGGAGAGAAAAAGGAAGCCAUUUGCAUUGAAUGACUUUGAAAUUGGGAAACCUCUUGGCAAAGGCAAAUUUGGGAGAGUCUACUUGGCUAGAGAAAGACAAACACAUGCUAUUUUUGCAUUGAAAACCAUGUUCAAAUCUGAGCUGUCUAAAGGUCAAAUGGAGCAUCAGGUGAUCCGAGAGGUGGAAAUACACAGUCGGCUACAUCACCCCAACAUAAUCCGGAUGUUCACGUACUUUGCCGAUGAGAGACGCAUAUAUCUGGUGCUGGAGUACGCAGGCGGUGGAGAGAUGUUCAAUCGACUCCGCAAUGCGCCGCAUGGCAGGUUCUCAGAAAAGGUGGCCGCCAGGUACAUCCACGACGUUGCCGAUGCCCUGCACUACUGUCAUCUCAACAAGGUCAUUCACAGAGAUCUCAAGCCGGAGAACAUUUUAAUUUCGGCCGACGGAAAGAUUAAGUUAUCGGACUUCGGGUGGUCAGUACAUGCGCCGUCGCUGCGUCGCAAGACCAUGUGUGGCACCCUUGACUACUUGCCUCCCGAGAUGAUCGGCCACCACACCUACGACGAGAACGUGGACAACUGGUGCGUCGGCGUGCUCUGCUACGAGUUCCUGGUUGGCUACCCGCCGUUCGAGAGCAAGUCCAACGAGGAGACCUUCGCCAAGAUCAGUGCCGUCGCCGUCAGGUAUCCCGCUUACAUGAGCUCUGGUGCGCGCAAUCUCAUUUCCAAACUGCUCGUCAAAAUACCUAAGAAUAGAUUAUCCUUGCCCAAUGUCAAAACUCACGAGUGGGUUGUGUCAAAUAUGGCUAAAUGAUGUAUUCAAUGUUUAAUAACAAUUAUUGUUGAAAUACUGAACAAAUAAUAUGAUAUCGUUGUGCAACGUCCAAACUCACAAAUAGGUGGUAUCAAACAAAAAUGAAUUACUUUACUCAAUAUACUGUUUGUGAAAUCAUAUUAGGCCUACUAUUGAUUUCGGUGAGGAAAAAAUCUUAAUACAAGAAGCUCUUGAUCUCCUACAGUACUAUUUCCCUCAAUAGCUGUCCCCGAAAAUUCGGGAAAAAGUCUAAUUUAGCCGUACAAAUUCGGGAAAAAGUCUACUAACAGUCUGCGAUUGAAAUCAAUUUCUCCAUAUAAAUAUUUUUUAAUAAACAUUUUCCACCAAGUUUACGUAGUAGUGAGUUUAUUCAAUUCACCCAAUGAAUGUUCAAACUGCAGUGCUAGAAAGGAAGAAUUUGUUUUUCUCUCAAGAAAUCUGUAGGUACCAAAUAGUUCUUCAAGAAAGUAUUUUGUACAUAAUGAUAAUAAUAUUUUUAUAUGAGGAAGCCAUUGAAUAAGCAUUACAA